AUGGGGAUGGAGAGUAGCUGGGCUGGCCAGCUGCUUGGUUUUGCCUGUAUUGCUGAUGGCUUUGGUUGUUGUCUCCCCUUCCUUGUAGCCGGGUUGCCCUUCCUCAUCAUCGAGACAAGCACAAUCCAACCCUACCAGAGGGGCUUCUACUGCGACGACGACAGCAUCAGGUACCCGCAGAAGAACGUGGAAACCAUCAACGACGCGGUGCUGUGUGCUGCGGGCAUCCUCAUCGCCAUCCUGGCGAUCAUAACGGGAGAGCUCUACCGCAUCCACUACCUGAAGGAGAAAUCCCGCUCCUUCAUCCAGAACCCCUACGUGGCAGCUCUCUACAAGCAAGUGGGCUGCUUUGUUUUCGGCUGCGCCAUCAGCCAGUCCUUCACAGACAUUGCCAAAGUGUCCGUCGGGCGCUUGCGGCCGCAUUUCCUGGCGGUUUGUGACUUGGACUUCUCCACCAUCAACUGCGCCAAGGGAGUUUACAUCCAGAACUACACCUGCAGGGGAAAUGACAGCAGGGUGCAGGAAGCCAGGAAAUCCUUCUUCUCUGGGCACGCGUCCUUCUCCCUAUACACCAUGCUGUACUUGGUGUUCUAUCUGCAGGCCAGAUUCACGUGGAAGGGAGCCCGCCUGCUGCGUCCCCUGCUGCAGUUCACCCUCAUCAUGAUGGCGUUUUACACCGGGCUGUCCCGCGUGUCGGACCACAAGCACCACCCCACCGACGUGCUGGCAGGCUUUGCACAGGGAGCCCUGGUGGCUUACUGCGUGGUGUUUUACGUCUCAGAUCUCUUCAAGCCCAAAACAAAGACUUGCCUGCCUCCACCUCCCAUCCGGAAGGAGAUCCUUUCACCUGUGGACAUCAUUGAGAGGAAUAACCAUCACAACAUGGUGUAGAACUUCGAGGAAUCAGAUGGGCGUUGUACCUUAAACUCUCUUUUUUUUUUUUUUUUUUUUUUUUUUUUUUUGCGGAAAAAAAGUGACUGCUGACAGCAACUACCUGCUGCUCUCAAAUCUCAUCAGACAGUAGAAUGUAGGGAGAGACUUUCUUGCCCAACCAGUAAAGUCUUACUCUGUGGUCUUUUCAACUUACGACAUUUGGAUGAAAGGGGUGGUGGUGGUCAACUAAGGCAAAGGCGAGAAUGAGAAAGGAAAAAAUAAACCCCACACAACACAAAAAGCCGAAGAAACAAAGAGAGGUGCCGGAGUUCUGGAUGUGCAAUUGGUUUGAGUGUUCAUGUUGUAGUGAACGCCAAAUUGUUCCUAGCUCAAUGAACACUAAAGGGUUUUUGGAAAGCUGGCCAUCCUAGGUUUUUUUUCUGAUUACGAAGAUUUCCAAUGCCUGCGAGAAAAAAAAAAACCAACUCACGACAAAAUUGUAUAGCACUAUGUAUGACAACAGCACUGAGUCAAGAUCUGGGGUUGGUUUGUAAGAGUUGCUUUUUUCUCUUUUUGGUCCUAGUUUAUUUUUGCCUCCUCUCUUCCAUACUGUGACUAAAUUUAGAAGAAGCUUGCCCAGUCCAAGAUCUCCGAAGGGUCUCUGUUCUCUCUGCUCACACUACACGCCUUUAACGAGCGGCCCCGAGACGCGCAGUGAGGCCGGAGAGCUCCUUCCUCCGUGCAGAGAAGCCACAUUUCUUCCUCCCCACCUGCUCCCUGCCGAGGGCUCACCCCACCCGAGCCCCCCUCAAUGAAAAGAGCAUCCUCCACUUCCCAGCCAUCCCCUUUUUUUCCCCCCACAGAAAUAAAUCCCAGCAGGUUUUUGUGGUGGUUUGCGCCAGGGGAGCGGCGGCUCUGCCGAAAACUCGUUCGCACUACGACCCCGGGGCUGAGUCCUGGGGAAACUUUUAUUCUGCAGUUUUGGGACGGGCUGCUGGGCGGCACGUCCUGGCCUGGGUGUCAGUCGGUUUGUGCAUCCCCUCCUCUCCUCCUCCUCCUCCUCCUCCUCCUCCUCCUCCUCCCUGGGGCACCCCGGGGUGCGCCAUGGCAGUACCAGGUCCUGUGCUCCGCUGGGUCACUCCGGUGGGAAACCAGCUGUGCCUCUUUCGGGUGUGAUGAUGAAUUUUUCUUUUGCCCAGAAGCCACAGGCGCUUGGUUUGCAGCCCUUCCACGAAGCGCAUUUGCAAAGGGAUCCCGCAGAACACGCAGAACGGCCAUUUGCACAUCCUUCUCACAGAAUCCGUCCUAUCAUUUCAACUUAUAGCAAGCUAUGAUUUUUUUUUUUUUUAUAUUAUAAAUAUUAUAUAAAUAAUGUAUAAAACCUUAAAAAUUAACUAUGUAAAAUAUUAUUUCUGAAACAAUUUUAGAUAUAUCCACUAUGACUAUAAACUGUGUCCUGACCUGUGUUAUUUACAUUUUGCUGCUUAAAAAAGCAUUGAAUUAAUUUUUUUAUAGUCAACUAAAAUAUUGUAGUUCUGUGGUAGUAAUAUUUUAAUGAAAAUAACUACAAUUAGAGACAUUUGUAUAAAAAAACAUAUUAAAUUGUCUGUAUUUUUGUAAUGUUCCAUUUUGUAAAGAGAAGAAUAUUCAAAGACUUUUGUAGAAUACAAAAUUGAAGUUUGUAUCUGCGAAAUUAUUGCUGUAUAAAUGUGCUUUUUAAAUAAAAGCUCAUAACACAACUAAA